GCAAAAGCACGGACCGAGAACCGAGACAGGGCAAUCUACUAGCUUCACGGCAGUGUUCAAGAGAUCCACAGAAAAAAGUAGCCUGUCAUGAACGGAUUCCAAGCACUUUUGACGUUCUUCGGCAUCAUCGCGAUCGCGGACACCGAUCCAUCGAAGAGACACGGCAACGGACGUGAAAACGUAUACCAUGGUAGGUACACGAGAGACGUCCACGAGCCGGAAUUUUUCAUCCCGAGAAGAGUGUUCGAAGAUGGCAGCUUCGACACAUACUCGUUGCCGUAUUUCUAUGAUCGGCAAGAGAUCAACGAACGUAAGAAAAGGUCGACCGAGACGGGCGAGCAGGAGCUUGAGGCCGAUAAAGUGCACCUGGUGCUGCCUUUCAACGGGAUCGAACACCAUGUGGAGCUCAACCCGUAUCACGAAUUCAUCUCGCCCGACAUGGUGAUCGAGACGCGGGGCACCGGCCUGAGAACUAACUUGAACGAAGCGUUACGAUUCAAGAGAGCCUCCGAUCGACAAUGCCAUUAUCGGGGCUUUGUUAGAGGCCAUCGCACAUCCAAGGCAGCUCUUUCUCUCUGCGAUGGUGUGGUUGGUUACGUGCAAACUAAUCAUGGCCGGUACUUCAUCGAGCCGGUGAACGAAGCAGAACCGCAACAGGAUGGACAGCACGUUCACAUAGCUUACAAGCGGGAUGACUCGCACGAAAAGAAGGGGAGUCGGGGCGAUUCUUCCAAGAAUUACUGCGGAACUUCCGAUGACUGGGAGGCGGCGUGGGCGGAACAAUUGGCCAAACGACAGAAGCGACUAAUGGAAGAAGAAACUCCCGAAGUUGGUAAGGGCACUUCCUUGACCCACAGUAUUCAUCGUUUCGUAGAGAUUGGAUUGGUCGCGGACAGAAGGUUUCUCGACUUUUACAACAACAGCAACUACGAACAGUACCUGUUGACUAUCAUGAACAUGGUGUCGGACUUUUAUCACGACAGAUCUGUCGGCAAUCAGAUAGACAUGGUCGUCGUCCGCAUUAUAUAUUUGGAGAAGGAAAAGGAAGAGAUAGAUCUGCUUAUUAGUCCCGCAGCCGAGGCAACGUUAGCGAGCUUUGCCAAAUGGGCCCAAAAGAUGAACCCCACGGAUCACACUCACCCCAACCAUUACGACAUAGCGGUUCUUGUAACUAGGUACGAUAUUUGCGCGGAAGGCGUGCCGCAUUGCAAUCUGAUGGGCCUGGCGUAUGUCGGAGCUGCCUGCGAUCCCGAAAAAGCAGCUUGCAUCACCGAAGAUAGUGGCCUAUUGCUUGGAAUCGUAAUUAGCCACGAAGUUGGUCACGUGAUGGGCUGUUCGCACGACGAUGUCGCUAUCAGUGGCUGUCCACCCAAAGAUAACGAUGAAAGUUACUUCCUCAUGUCACCCAUUGUCAACAUCUAUUCGUUGAGAUGGUCGACUUGCAGCAGGAAAUACAUGACUACCUUGCUCGAGAGCGGCUUGGGCGAGUGCUUGAUCAACGAUCCAAGAAAUCCGCCGGAGAAAUUCAAGUAUCCGGACAUGUUGCCCGGUGCGAUGUACGACGGCAAUUUUCAAUGCGACAUGAACUUUCCCGGGUCGAAGAUUUGUCCUGGCGAUACCGGGCGAGAUGCAAUGUGCGAGGUGCUAUGGUGCGAAGGGAAGAACGGAAGCUGUUUCUCCCGGGGAUCACCCAUGGCCGAAGGAUCAAAAUGCGGCGAGAAUUUGUGGUGCAUUCACAAGAAAUGCGUGGCUAUGGGCACCCGACCGACGGCGGUGCACGGUGGCUGGGGCAAAUGGGGUCCCAUGAGCGGUUGCAGCAGAAGCUGCGGCGGUGGCUUGAAAUUCGCCGAGAGAGAAUGUGACAAUCCGCCGCCCGCCAACAAAGGCAGAUACUGCAUCGGAGAGAGAAAGAAGUUGGCCAUUUGCAACACCAUGCCCUGCGACCAUAGGAAACCAUCGUAUCGCCAGUUGCAGUGCAGUUGGUACAACGAGCGAAAAAUCUUGACCGACGGCAAGCAUAACUGGACUGCGUACACUAUCCACGAUCCAACGCUUGAUCCGUGCAACUUGUACUGCAUCAAUGAAAAGAACGUAUUCACCAAGUUCCAAGUGGCAAACGAUUCUACCCCCUGCAAGGGUGGUACUAACAACAUGUGCGUCGGUGGUACAUGCAGGAAAGUCGGUUGCGAUUGGGUGUUGGAUUCGAAUGCCAUCGACGACAGGUGUGGAACGUGCAAAGGUGACGGUACGAAGUGCAAGGCGAUAGAAGGUUUCUUCAAUGAAACGGGAAUUCGCAACACGCACGUGAAGGUAGUUACUAUUCCUCAGGGUGCUCGAAGCAUAUACGUAGCGGAAAUGCAGCCGAAUAAAAACGCACUAUCGGUGAGACUCGAGGAUAGUGAAACAUACUGUUUGAACGAAGACAAGGUGGUAUAUAGAAGCGGUGAUUACGAUUGUGCAGGCUCCAUACUCGUAUACCUGCAUCCCGAGCCAAACAGAGAGGAGAUUGAAAUAAAGGGGCCCAUAACGACAGCUAUUCGAAUAGAAUACGUAUUCUUCCACCCGAGACAGAAUCCUGGUAUUCAUUAUGUAUAUUACGUGAUGUCAACUGACCCGUCAUACAAACCGAAAUACCUGUGGGAUUUCAUGGAAUGGAGCGACUGCAGCGUUAAAUGCGGAGGCGGUACGAUGAUAUCGGAGGCAGCGUGUGUCGAAGAGAAAGGUGGGAAAGUGAGUCUUGAAUUCUGCGAUGGCAUGUUACGACCAGAUCCAAAAACUAGGGUUUGCAACUCGGAAGCCUGUCCUGCAAAGUGGCGUGUGAGCCAAUGGAGCAAGUGUAACGCCUGCGACGGAAAGAAAGGAACGAGGCAUCGUAAAGUGCAAUGCGUGCGACCCGCUGCUCGUACCGGUGAGGAUGACGUUCAGGCAAAUCUGGACGCGUGUAAAGGUCGCGUGCCGAAACAAGAGGAAGAAUGUGUAGGCGAGAGACCGUGCAAGAAGACCUGCCCCAAAAAGGUGCGAAACGCAGCAAACAGGCAACUCGUUGCUUCGAAAGAGAAGAAGAAGCAGUCGCUACCACACGAGAAACGGGCUAAAAUGGUCGACAAGUUGGUGGACUUGAGUUUGGCCGGAUAUCUGGAGAAAGCGUACGGUAUCUCUCGUGAAGCCGAUGAUAUGGGAAUGACGGUCGACACGGCGGACUUCCGGCAGCUUCUUCGCGAAUGGUCCCUCGCCGACGAGGAAAAGAGGAAACGUGGCGCCUGCGAUCGAAACGCGUCUACUCCAAAGUCCGGAUCGAUCAUCAAAGACUCGGUGCCAGUCGAGAACGUGGUAUUGUUGGAGGCGCCUAUGCUGGAGGAGGGCCUUCUAUCGAAUUUGUCGGAUAGAGCGUAUCAGGAAGUUGGCGACCUCGUCGGCGGUAGUAUCGAUACUUCCAGAGUGAAGCUUUAUAACGGUACGAAGGCUGUCGAGAAGAUCCAGCAGCUGGAGGGUCGUAACAUUAGCGCGGUGCCUAACAAGAAAGAGAAUUAUAGUUACGAUGCGUUGUCAAGAAUCGUAGAUUUGGCGGAACAGCGAAAAUGA